CCCGUGUUGCAGGUUAAGUGUACUGAUAUCUCUGAGGUGUAUUAAUGAUGUGUCAACUUGGUCUUCUUCACAUCCACUAGUGUGGUACAGAUGAAAGUCCAAUUAGUCAGGUGCUCUCACAGCCAGUGUGUUUAAUUUGCUGCUGUGCCGGUUCAUGGGCAGUGAGUUUUUUGGUUGAGUGAUUCAAACCAAUCUCCCUGUGGUUUCUGAUUGGCGUAGGUGACAGCUGUCUGGGCUUCACAUUUCAUUCAGACCACUGGACUCCACAGGUUGGGACACCUCACUGGUGUAGCAUGCUUGGCUUGAUGGUGGAAGUAACUUUUCUGUAUGCAUCAAUUGCUGGAGGUGGAUUUUUACAUUGUGUGCUCCAUGAUUAGUAUUGAACUGGAAGAUGAAUGGAAACUCGAGUCUGACAACGGAGAGUAUGGAAUAUCAGCCAGAGCAGUCAGAUGCAUCGUCUCAGUAUAAGAUGGAGAAGGCAAGUUCUUCCACCUUAGAUCAUCUGGAUGCCCAGUCCAUAACACAACUUAUUUCAGGAAAGAGCAGGGCUGGAGGAGGAGAAAAGAAGGAACACCUGUACAAGAUCCUGGUGAUCGGAGAGCUUGGCACCGGCAAGACAAGCAUCAUCAAGCGAUAUGUCCAUCAGUUUUUCUCACAACACUACAGAGCUACUAUUGGUGUAGACUUUGCAUUGAAAGUGUUGAACUGGGAUGCUGACACGCUGAUCAGGCUGCAGUUAUGGGAUAUCGCAGGCCAGGAGAGGUUCGGCAACAUGACUCGGGUGUACUACAAGGAAGCAGUAGGAGCCUUUGUAGUGUUCGAUGUCACACGGUCAUCCACGUUUGAGGCGGUCACCAAGUGGAAGAAUGACCUUGACAGUAAAGUCCAGCUUCCUGAUGGGUCUCCAGUACCGUGUGUGUUGCUAGCUAACAAAUGUGACCAGGCCAAGGAAGGGCUAGUCAACAAUGCAUCCCAGAUGGAUGACUUCUGUACAGAAAAGGGUUUUAUCGGCUGGUAUGAAACAUCAGCCAAAGAAAAUAUCAACAUUGAUGAGGCAGCAAGGUUUUUAGUAACUAAAAUUUUGAAGAAAGAUCAAGAAAUGAGGUUAGGAGACGAUGACAAAGAUCGAGAGAAGAUCUCUCUUGAUGGGCCAAAUUCACAAGGCAAGUCCGAGAAGAAAGCAACAUGCUGCUGACAGAGACAGGAAGUCAUGUGACACGGACCACAAGCCACCCACCGUGAGCUGUCGUCAUCUUGGUGCUCUGUAAAAUGCCAUUCCUCGUUCAAUGCAUCAUCAGACUACACUCUAUCACCCAGCCAGAUGAAGUACUGUUUGAGGCCAUCUUCAUAUGAUCAGGUUUUAUCCCAUCCCUUCUAAGGGGGACACCUUUGUUAUUUGUGGGAGUGUUUGUGGUGUUCAUCUCGCGCCACGGUUUAUUCUGCCAUCUGUAAGAAUAUGUCUUGCAUCUUCAUUAUACAUGUAUGUAUGCGAUGUGAUGAUGCUCCUGGUAGAGUUCUCUACUUUUGGUAUAUUUGAAAAUUGGAAUCACUGUCACGCCAUACAUGUUUUUAUACAUCAGCAUUAAACAUAGACACAUGACCUAAAAAGUGCUUGCAAUAUACUAUUCAACUUUUGAUAGGGAUAAUCAGAUAUGUCAUUCUAUUUAAAUAUACAUUAUAUAUACUGUAUUUGACGUAAUAAGCACCCAGGGCGCUCUUAAAAUUAGAAAUAAGGGGCUCAUAUUAGA